AGCACGUGAGCGGCGGAAGCGCCUUCUCUCUUUCUCAUUCAGUCGGCGGCUUCGUGGCAGCGCCUGGGCUUGAGAUCAGGAGAGAAAAGGAUGGCGCUGAGUCUGACCGUGUCCAGCAGCCCGAGUCCUCCACUGGCCGUAUUGUGGACUGUGCAACAUCUAAAAGGCAAAGUAGAGGUUAAUGUGGAGGACGGAAAAGAGACUGCCCUGCGAGUGUCAGAACACGUCUCUUUUACUGAUGUGAACUCCAUCAUCAGGUACCUGGCCCGACUUGCUCCCCAGGCUGGAUUACUAGGUUCAAAUCUAAUGGAGCAGACAGAGAUCAAUCACUGGGUGGAGUUCAGUCAGACUCGGCUGCUCGAAAAGUCCACCUUCUCUUCCGCCCUCCAGGAGCUGAACCAUUCCCUGUCUCUGCGGACGUACCUGGUGGGAGAUGCUUUGACCCUCGCAGACAUCAGCGUCUUCUCCACUUUGGCAGUCAGCGCUUCAUGGCAGGAGCAGAUGAAGCAGAACAAAGCUGCGGUCAAUGUCAGACGCUGGUACACCUUCCUGGAGCCUGCAGUCCCGUUCCAGGGAAAGCUAAAUGCAACACUGCCUCCUGAGAAGAAACAGGAUAUAGGAAAGUUUGUGGAGCUCCCAGGGGCAGAGGUGGGAAAAGUGGUUGUAAGGUUCCCUCCAGAGGCCAGCGGAUACCUACACAUCGGACAUGCCAAGGCCGCUCUUCUCAAUCAGCAUUACCAGGUGACCUUCAAAGGGAAGCUCAUCAUGAGGUUCGAUGACACCAACCCAGAGAAAGAAAAGGAAGAUUUUGAAAAGGUUAUCCUGGAAGACGUCUCAUUGCUUCAGAUCAAGCCCGACCAGUUCACGUACACAUCUGAUCACUUUAAUAAGAUUAUCGAAUACGCUGAGAAACUCAUUCGAGAGGGAAAGGCUUAUGUGGACGAUACCCCCGCCGAGCAGAUGAAGGCAGAGCGCGAGCAGAGGACCGUGUCCAAGCACAGGAACAACACGGUGGAGAAGAACCAGCAAAUGUGGGAGGAAAUGAAGAAGGGCUCGGCGUUGGGUCAGACCUGCUGCCUUCGAGCUAAAAUUGACAUGAACUCCAACAACGGAUGCAUGCGAGACCCCACGUUAUUCCGCUGCAAGACUCAGCCACAUCCCCGGACUGGGGCCAAGUACAACAUCUACCCCACCUAUGACUUUGCCUGCCCAAUAGUGGACAGUAUAGAAGGAGUCACGCAUGCGCUGAGAACGACCGAGUAUCACGACCGGGACGAGCAGUUCUAUUGGAUCAUCGAUGCCUUGGGAAUUAGGAAACCUUACAUUUGGGAGUACAGCCGCCUGAACCUCAACAACACUGUCCUGUCCAAGAGAAAACUCACCUGGUUUGUUAACGAAGGCCUUGUGGAUGGUUGGGAUGACCCCAGGUUCCCAACUGUGCGAGGAGUUCUUAGAAGAGGAAUGACCGUGGAGGGGCUGAAACAGUUCAUAGCUGCACAGGGCUCCUCCCGAUCUGUUGUGAACAUGGAAUGGGACAAAAUCUGGGCAUUUAACAAGAAGGUUAUCGACCCUGUUGCCCCACGGUACAAUGCUUUGCUGAAGAGCCAAGUCGUUCCAGUGAACGUCCCAGGGGCUCAAGAAGGAAUGACUGAAGUCGCCAAGCACCCAAAGAAUGCCGAGGUUGGCAUGAAGCCUGUAUGGUACGGGCCUCGCGUUCUUAUAGAGGGAGCAGAUGCUGAGACCUUGUCCGAGGGAGAGUUGGUCACCUUUAUCAACUGGGGUAAUCUCAACAUCACCAAAAUUCACCGAGACUCCAGCGGGAAGGUAACUUCUCUCGAUGCCAAGCUGAACUUGGAGAACAAGGACUUCAAGAAAACCACCAAAAUAACGUGGCUGGCAGAUACCCCUAAAGCUUCAUUAACCCCAACAUUGUGUGUCAACUAUGACCAUCUGAUCACAAAGCCAGUCCUUGGCAAAGAAGAAGACUUCAAACAGUACAUUAACAGGAGUAGCAAGCAAGAGGAGGUCAUGCUGGGAGACCCCUGUCUGAAGACCCUGAAAAAGGGGGACCUCAUCCAGCUGCAGCGAAGGGGCUUUUAUAUUUGUGAUGAGCCGUAUGAGCCAAUCAGCCCACACAGCUGUAAGGAGGCUCCUUGUGUCUUAAUAUACAUCCCGGAUGGUCACACCAAGGAGAUGCCAACCUCGGGCUCUAAAGAGAAAACCAAAACUGCCGGUGUCAAAACUGAGGCAAAGGCGAAACCCACAGAAGCCCCGGUGAAAAGCGCCCCUGCCCCAUCCCCCGUGUCAGCAGCAGAUCCCUCCGUUCUAUACAACAAAGUCACAGCUCAGGGAGACCUCGUCCGGGACCUCAAGACCAAGAAAGCCGAAAAAGCUGAGAUCGACACGGCUAUUAAAGUUCUUCUGUCGCUGAAAGCAGAAUAUAAACAGGCAACCGGUCAGGACUACAAACCCGGAAAUGCUCCAGCACCGAGCGCCCCGGUCUGCCCUGUGGUGGUGGCCACUAGCGGUGGUGACGCCAAAGCUGCUUAUGACAGGGUGACCGAGCAAGGUGAAGUGGUGCGAAAACUAAAGGCGGAGAAAGCCCCAAAGCCUCAGGUAGAAGCGGCCGUGAAAACUCUCUUAGAGCUGAAAACGCAAUAUAAACAAGUAACGGGACAAGAGUACAAGGCGGGCAGCCCUCCUGUAGCUCAGGCCGGCGGCCCCGCCACCGCUCCCUCCAGUGCUCCGUGCUCAGAUAGCUCCGUAGUAUACAACAGGAUAGCGGAGCAAGGAGAGGUGGUCCGACAACUGAAAAGCAAGAAGGCCUCCAAGGAGGCGAUAGAUGCCGCAGUGAAAACCCUCUUAAACCUUAAAGCAGAAUACAAGCAGCUCACGGGGCAGGAGUACAAGCCUGGGGGUCCUCCUGCUCCUCAGUCUCCUCCUAGUGCAUCAGUCCCUCCAAUAACCUCUAGUCAAACAGGCCCCCCACCCAGCGACAGUACCAGUCUGUACAACAAGGUGGCGCAGCAAGGGGAGCUUAUCCGCAAGCUCAAAUCUGAAAAGGCUCAAAAGGACAAGGUAGACGAGGCGGUAAAAGCCCUGCUGUCUCUGAAGGCAGAAUACAAAGAAAAGACCGGGCAGGAGUACAAGCCUGGGCAACCACCUGCGAGCACAGCGCCGGAGCCACUUGUAAAAGCUCAAGAUAACAGGUCCACGUCUUCUGAGGCUGAAGAUCUGCUCGACAGGCUCACCAAGCAGGGAGAUGAGAUCCGAAAACUGAAGAGUGAGAACGCUUCCAAGGAUAAAGUUGAUGCUGCUGUGAAGGAUCUUCUUGACUCAGUACUUGCACUGAAUCAGUACAAGGCUCAAGCCGGAACGGAGAGUAAAUCGGUGACCAUAACGGGAUCUCAGGAUAAAAACCCUAAAGAAAACAAACAGCAUAAGGAGAAAGAAAAUAAGUCUGAAAAACAGAACAAGCAGCCAAAACAGGCAGACGGUCAGAAGAAGAAGGAUGGUGGCAAGGAGGCUGGCGGAGCUGCUGGUGAGGGGCAAGGCCCUAAGAAACAGAGCAGGCUGGGGCUGGAGGCAAAGAAGGAGGAAAACCUUUCUGACUGGUUCUCUCAGGUGAUCACAAAGUCAGAGAUGAUUGAGUAUUACGACGUCAGCGGGUGUUACGUGCUGCGACCAUGGGCCUUUGCCAUCUGGGAAUCCAUUAAAGAGUUCUUUGAUCGCGAGAUAAAGACGUUGGGUGUGGAAAACUGUUACUUCCCUAUGUUCGUGUCUCAGGCAGCACUUGAGAAAGAGAAGACCCACAUUGCUGACUUUGCCCCAGAGGUAGCCUGGGUGACCAGAUCUGGGAAGACUGAGCUGGCAGAACCAAUCGCUGUGCGGCCAACGAGUGAAACGGUUAUGUAUCCUGCAUAUGCUAAGUGGGUGCAGUCUCAUCGUGACCUCCCUAUAAAGCUGAACCAGUGGUGCAAUGUUGUGAGGUGGGAGUUCAAGCAUCCUCAGCCAUUCCUCCGCACCCGAGAGUUCCUUUGGCAGGAGGGACACACUGCUUUUGCUACGUACGAGGAGGCAGCAGAGGAGGUCCUGCAGAUCCUGGAUUUCUAUGCCCGGGUUUAUGAGGAGCUCUUGGCAAUUCCUGUAGUAAAAGGAAGGAAGACUGAGAAAGAAAAGUUUGCCGGAGGCGAUUACACGACCACCGUGGAAGCGUUCAUUUCUGCCAGCGGACGAGCUAUACAGGGUGCCACAUCACAUCACCUCGGCCAAAAUUUCUCAAAAAUGUUUGAGAUAGUCUUUGAAGAUCCUAAGAAGCCGGGUGAAAAGCAGUAUGCCUUCCAGAACUCUUGGGGUCUCUCCACCAGGACGAUCGGUGCGAUGACCAUGGUUCACGGAGACAAUAUGGGGAUGGUGCUGCCGCCGCGAGUUGCCUGUGUCCAGUUUAUCAUAAUUCCAUGUGGCAUCACAAACACGCUCUCAGAAGAAGACCGAGAAGCUCUCCUCCAGAAGUGCAAUCAGUAUCUGCAACGCCUUCUCAAUGUGAACGUCCGUGCACGAACCGAUCUGCGUGAUAACUACUCCCCUGGAUGGAAAUUCAACCACUGGGAGCUGAAGGGGGUCCCCAUCAGGCUAGAAGUGGGACCCAGAGACAUGAAGAGUCAGCAGUUUGUAGCCGUCCGACGUGACACUGGAGAGAAACUAACCAUUCCCGAGGGCCAGGCCGAAACUAAACUAAAGGAUCUUCUGGAGGAAAUUCAUAAGAACCUCUACAACCGGGCCCUCAACGAUUUGACAAGUCACAUGUGUGUUGCUGACAAAAUGGAGGACUUUCAGAAGCAGCUCGAUACAGGGAAAAUUGUACAGAUCCCGUUCUGCGGUGAGAUGGACUGUGAAGACUGGAUUAAGAAGACAACAGCCAAGGACCAGGAUCUGGAGCCUGGAGCACCAUCAAUGGGAGCCAAGAGUCUGUGUAUACCCUUCAAACCACUUAAGGAGCUGCAGCCCGGAGCAAAGUGCGUUUGUGACAAGAAGCCCGCCAAGUAUUACACCCUGUUUGGCCGCAGCUACUAGACAGAGACGGACCGCUGGACCCCUUUAUUAAGCUCUUUAUUUUUAUUAACUAAUGUACACCUCAGAAGAGAUUUUAGGACCCAUCCCGUGUGGGGGGAGGGGCAGUGUAUUUUCUGAAUACAUCCCUAAUAAUAAAAGCUACAACAAAC